GAAGAGUCCCCGCCCCUCGCGCAAGUGGGGGCGGGGCCAGGCUGUCCCGGAAGCGGCCGGAGCAGCAGCGUCCCCGACGCCGAACGAGAGGGGGCAGGCCUAGAAGAAGGAAGAAACUGUAGGGAACAGUACUUCACAUGUUCUCCCUCCGGCCUCGCCCUCUCUAAAGGCUUUUCAUUUGGAACAAUGAUCACGUUGGAGAGUGCAUUGAUUAUCCACCAUCAGGAAACUGCCAGAGGUUCAGAAACCUGGAGAGAUAAGGCAGCUGGAGAUUGUUAGCUGCCCACAAGAAACUGAAGAGAUUGAGGUCUUAUUUCCCUGUGGCUGGACUAGUAUCCUAUGCUUCAUGGUGUGAAACGCUCCUGACUUACAAACCUCUAGUCCGAGACUCUUUAAAACAGAAACUGCUCCCUAGAGGAGCAAAGACAGACUGUAAAAAUAGGUUCCCCAGGAGCUUCCCGGUUUGAGAAGGAGCAAGAAGUUGCAAAUUACUCUCUGUGGGCAGGAAAGCUCAAAACGAGGAGCAUGACGGAGUUGCGGGUGAAAAAACUUGCCGUAACGCUGAUGGAUGCCACUACUGAUAAGGACCCAUUAGUCCAAGAACAGAUCUACAAUGCUCUGUGCUACUUGGGAGAGAGCGAGCCUGAAGAGAUCCUAAACUCCUGUGAUGAAUAUCUGCGGCAGCAUGAAAAGAUGGCUUAUCCCCACCGUAUAAUAAUCCUGAAGGCAAUGGAAGCGGUGGUGAAGAAUAACAUUGCAUAUCUGGACAAAAGCACGGCCAAAAUCGUUAUCUUUCUGGCAUCCAAUGAAAUGACCAAGUCAAAGGAAAUCAUUUAUGACUGGCAGCAGGCAGCAAGCAAUGUCUUGGUUGCUGCAGGGAGGCGUUUUAUCAACAAAGUGAUGGAGGAGGUGCUGACCAAAUUUCAGCCGGGAAUCCUGCCUCAUUAUUUCAUCAUGCAGACUUUCGCAAACCUCUCUGUGUCAAACGUGUUUGGGAUGGUGCCUUUCUUAAAUUCCAUCCUUGGGACCAUGCUGCCAAUGCUGGGAAUGGCCAAACAGGACCACAUGAAGUCUGUGUUUUGCUAUGCUCUGCAGCAUUUCAGUGAGAGCAUUCAGGAAUACCUGGCGAACUUGGAUAAAGCGCCUGACCCCACUGUAAGGAAAGAUACCUUCUCCAAUGAGAUCUUCAGUGCCUAUGAUGUGCUCUUCAACAUCUGGCUGCAGAGCCGGGAGGCCAAGCUGAGACUCGCUGUCGUGAAGGCUCUUGGGCCCAUGAGUCAUCUGCUGCCCAGCGAAAAGCUCGAGGAGCAGCUCCCAAAACUGGUCCCGGGAAUUCUCGCGCUCUACAAGAAGCAUGCAGAGGCUUUCUAUGUGACCAAGAGCUUGUGCCAGAUUCUUGAGGCUUCUGUCAACGUUGGCAGCCGCACUCUGGACACACAGCUUGAUGCCCUUCUGAGCAACCUGCAUCCCCAGAUUUGUGCUCCAGUGGAGUCCUCUUUCCCCCUGAGUUUAAAGAACCACAACGAGGUCCUUCGAUGCUUCACUGUCCUUGCCUGUACAUUUCCUGAUCGCUUGCUUGGCUUCCUGCUCCCAAAGCUGGAGAACCACAACGAGAGGAUACGUGUUGGGACGCUGAUCAUCAUGAGGCAAAUCAUCAACUGUGCCCCCUCUCAGAUGGAGAUUAAAAAGCCCUUUAUUCUUUCUUCUAUGAAACUUCCUCUGCAGGACAACAGUAAUAAGGUGAAACGGGCUGUGGUCCAGGUGAUCAGCGCGAUGGCUCACCAUGGUUAUCUGGAACAGGCAGGCGGGGAAGUCAUGAUCGAGUACAUCAUCCACCAGUGUGCCCUUCCUCCUGACACGCAACCCAGGAAGCAGACACCAGAAGCUGAUGACUUAACUAGCGACAGCGUCCAGAACAUCAGCAUCAAUACUCUCUUUCUCAUCAGCACUACUGUCGACAGGAUGGAGGAGGUUCUCUGGCCGUAUCUCUUGGAGUUUGUGACUCCCAUACAGUUCACCAGUGCCCUGACCCCCCUCUGCAGGAGCCUAAUGCACCUGGCUACAAAGAAACAAGAGGAGGGAGAGAAUGCCAUCCUCAUCCACUACGACACACAUGCAAACCUGCCAUCGCCGUGCGCUCUAAUGGCGAGGCUGCUGACUGUCUCUUCACAGCCAUAUUUAGGGGAUGGUCGGGGGGCAGCUGCUCUGCGUCUGCUGAAUGUAUUGCACCUUAAUAUCCAUCCCAUGCUGGGCCAGCUGUGGAAUAAGAUGAUUUCUCCCUUAAUAGAGCACUUGGAAGCAAAUACGGAGAAAUCCCUGUCCCCAAAGGAGUGGGAAGACAAGCUGCUUUUGUUUCUCUGGGAGACACUGAAGGCGAUUUCUGACAACGCCUGGAUUUGUCAGUUCAGCAUGGAAAUGUGCAAGCAGCUGAGCAGCUACAACGACUUUCCCUCCGAGAAGAACUUCCUGUAUAAGUGCAUUGGAACAGCUCUUAGGGUCUGUUCGAACAAGGAUGUGGUGCAAAAGCAGCUUCAAGAGCUGCUUGAAACAGCCAGGUACCAGGAGGAAGCAGAAAGGGAGGGACUUGCCUCCAGCUUUGGGAUCUGUGCAAUAAAUCACCUGGACGAAACCCUGGCCAAACUAGAAGACUUUGUCAAAUCCGAUGUCUUCAAAAAAUCGGUGGGACUGUUCAGUAUCUUCAAGGACCGCAGCGAUAAUGAAGUGGAGAAGAUAAAGAGCACCCUGAUCUUAUGCUAUGGCUACGUAGCUAGGUAUGCCCCCAAAGAACUCGUGCUGUCCAGAAUCGAAGCAGACAUUCUCAGGAACAUCUUCCAUUACUUUGACACCAAGGUUCUGGGAAUAAAGGUAGAAACCAAGGAUUUGACGUUGAAGCUGUGCCUCAUUCGGAGCAUUUGCAUGAUCAGCCAGGCCAUUUAUAACAGCGCGCAGUCUGAUGCCUUCAUCUUCUCCCGCAAAGCAGAGCUCUUAGCUCAGAUGAUGGAGUUUAUCAAAACAGAACCACUGGACUUGCUGAGAACUCCUAUUCGCCAGAGAGCCAUGAUCUCCUGCACAUACCUGGUCAUACUGGAGCCUCCGCUUAGCAAGCCUGAUCACGUGGAACUGAUUGAAACCUGCCUGAGCAGCGUGCUGGCCCUUCCUCCGCUGGAUGUCCUGAAGGAAAGAGAUGGGCACGUGCCAGACGCCUUGCACAAGGAGACUCUCUACUAUGACACCAUCAGUGCCCUUAAGGAACUGCUGAAGAGCAUGCUGCAGAAGGACCUGACUCCCCAUGGACUACAGAGCAUGUUCGAGCAUCUAGGCCCAUGGAUCAGGUCGAGCAAAGAGCACGAGCGUGAGCGAGCAGUGGAGGUCAGUGCCACGCUGCUGGAGUUCUACCGGGACAAACUGAAUGUCAGUACUGUGGUGCCCUUUUAUAACCUCGGGGUGCUGGUUGCACUCUUCUCCCCCCGGUGUUCAGACUCCCUUGCCAGCAUUCGCCUGCAUGCUGUGGACUGCGCCUACUAUCUGCUCUACAUACAGCUGUGUUAUGAAGGAUUCGCCCACGAUUAUAGAGAUGAGAUGGUUGAGAGGCUGAAAGACCUGAAGAAAGGCCUGGAAGACCCUGACUUCACCAUUCUCUUCAAUACGUGCUACAACAUUGCCAUGGUGAUUGGGAAGCGCCUCCCACCUGACCAGCUGAUGAGCCUUCUGCUCACGAUGUUUGAAGGGCUGGCAGAUCCUGAUCAGAACUGCUCUCGAGCUGCUGCUGUCAUGAUCAACGCCCUCUUGAAGGAGCGUGGAGGGGUGUUGCUGGAAAAGGUGCCCGUGAUCAUGGCUCUGAUUCACAACAAGCUGCAGGAGGUGGAUGAAGAGCACUUAAGGAAAGCAGCUCAGCAGACUGUUUACAUCCUGGCCUCCCAGCAUAAGACAGCGGUUGUGUCCAGCCUGCUGGGCAGCUCCCUGCCCUUUGACAGUCACACCUGUGCUAUGUGGAAGGCGCUGGCCACGGAGCCAACCCUCACGCCACAGAUCUUGGAGCUGCUCCUGGACAAGGUGAAUCGGGAUGUGCCAUACAAAGAGAACAAAUCCUUCCUGUUGGGGAGCACCUAUGAGCGCAUCGCGACUCCCCUCCCUUUUGCUGCCACAUGUGCUCUGCAUGAGAUCAUGUCUGCUCCAGAGUCUGGGGCAGCAGUGAUGGGGCUCUACCCACACUUGUUUGUGGCUCUCCUUUUGCGAGUCAGCUGCACCGUGGGUGUCCAGCUACCAAAGAACCUGCAGUCCAAGGAGAGGAAGAGUUCCAGCCGUAGCCAAGGAACCAGAAACCUGGACCCCUGCAGGCCCGGUUUCCAAAAGCUGGUUGGUCAUUGGGUGACCUACCACCCCAUCAGCAGUCUGAAGAGUGCCUCUUCCAGUGACAGCAGCAAUGGUCAGGACAUUCAUGUGCGACCGAGAGUCAGGCCCUGCAUGCUCCAGUUCAUUUGGAUCCCUCCGUUCAGUCUGGUCAUGGUUUGUGGCCCCUCUGACUGUGCGGUGGAAGCCCUGAGAGCCAUGCUGACCCAAGGGGGCAGUGACGAGGUGGUGAAGUCCGUGGAGAGUGCGGGAGGCUGGGAGCUGAUGAAAAGCUCUGAUAGGCACCAUGAUGGCAUUAUGCUGCUUGCAAGGGCAAUGGCUAAACACGCUGGCCCCAAGCUCCCUUUGAUUGUGAAGAAUCUCUUCCCGAUGCUCAACAGUGUGUAUGACCUCCAGAGGAUCACCACCACCGCCUUCUUCGCCGAGCUUCUGAACAGCAGCGUGGUGAGUGACCUGAUCCUGCUGGAGUCCAUGAUGGAUAACAUGACAGGCAGGCAGAAGGACCCCUGUACGUUGGUGCGCAUGCUGGCUCUCCGAGGGCUGGGCAACAUCUCCUCUGGGUCCCCGGACAAGGUGAGGAAACACGGGGCCCAGCUCCUGGCUUCCAUGGUCAAUGGCAUGGACGACAAGGAUGAUCCCAACAAUGUGGUCGCUCUGGAGGCCAUGACUAGCCUGUCCAAACUCCUGGACCAUGUGGAGGAGAGGGACAUCCGUUCCAUGCUUCUCCAUAUUGCCAUCCGCAUCCGCCCCUUCUUUGACAACGAAAACCAUGAACUGCGCACGUCUUCCAUCGUUCUGUUCGGGAACCUGACCAAGUUCAGCGCUGGGAACUGUGAAGACGUCUUUUUUGAGCAGAUCUUGAAUGGGCUGGUGACACUGCUGCUUCACCUCCAAGAUCCAAAGCCAGAGGUCAUCAAAGCCUGUAAAUUUGCUCUGCGCAUGUGUGGCCCCAGCAUGGGCUGUGAGGGGCUCUGUGACAUGUUUCUGAGCCACUUACACGAAGACAGAAGCCUGCAUUACGGAGAGUUCAUGAACGAUGCCUGCAAACACCUGAUGCAGAACUACCCAGAGAUGCUGAAUCGUUUGAUUUCAACCAACCUCUUCUACUUCAAGAGCAACUGGGUUGACAUUCGAGCAGCAGCGCCCAUGUUUAUAGGCUUCCUCGUUCUGCACGUAGAUGAAGAGCACUGUAAGCAAGUGGACCUGGACCAACUCCUUUCCUCUCUCAACGUGCUGCUGAAGGACCCCGCUCCUGUCGUCCGCAUGAAGGUGGCUGAGGCUCUGGGCCGCCUGGUCCGGGUUGUGUAAGCGGCAGAUGGGACCUGCGGGCGCCCGGGCUCCGUUGACGGCGGUCAGCUGGAUGGAUGCUCCUUGCCCCGGAGAUGCCACAGCUUCCAGGGCCCGGAACCGGUGCCUUGGGCUCUGCAGAGCAGCAGGUGCUACGCUCACUCCCAUGCCCACUGCCUGGAGCAGGGGCCUUGUGCGGAUGCUCCCACUGCAGCCUGGGGCACCCGCCCCACAGGGCCAGGACUCCGCCCUUCCCUCUGCUGUGGCUGCUGGCUCAAGUGUCCCGGUCCCAGCUCUCCACCAGCCUUUCCCCCCAGCGAAUGAACUGGGCAAUAGGACCUGGCACUGUUCCGGGGUGUGCACAGGGUCCAUGCCCAAUGAGUGCAGCCCCUCUGGCUUUCCCGCGUCACUGCCCUGACACAAGAGGGGCAGGUACCAGCCCUGCUGAGGCCCCUUGUGUCACUGCAUGUUCUAGGGCUGGUUGUCUCACACCAAUCGCUCCCAUCCAGUCACGGGGACUUGUGCCUGUUAGUCUGACUCUGGUUAACCUGGGCACUGCACAGCCUGGGGCCAGUGCCCUGUGUUGGGUCUGGGGGUUAGAUGGGGCACCCUGCCCUUGUGGGGAUCCCUACAGGGCCCUGGAUGGCCUCUGAGGACCUUCCCCUCCACCCCCACCCAAUGUCCUAGGAUAGUAAGAAACCUUGGCCAUCACUGCACGUGCACCUUCCUUCCACUGUUCCACGAGUGAGGCCAGCGAGCUGCCCCCAGAGUCCUUGGCACUUCCCGGCGCUUUCCCCUGGGCCCCCGGCACAGCAGAGCCCCUGAUGGCAGCGGUGCGCUCCGGCUUCUCUGCUGGCUGAGUCGAGCUGUCCCCUCCACGCGGAAUGUGUAUAGAAACCAGACUGUACUUAUUUUUUAAUAAAGCUGUUCGUUUCCUUCU